AUGGAAACAUCUAAGAAUUCCCCUGAAGCUCAUACUGUAAAGAAGGGUGGUCGAAAAUUUCCUAGAAAGAAUAGAAAUUCAUCGACUCAAUUGUCAUCUUCUAAACAAAAUGGUGUGAAUACCGAGCAUUCGAAAACCACUUCUGCUACCAUAGACGGUGAGCCUUCAGGUUCAAAGAGGGCGUCUUCAGCAGCCUCUCUAUCAGCCGAUGCCCCUAGUUUUGUUCCAGGCAUGGGCUUGUUAACGGAAUCUUCAUUUGGAAACCGUUCUAACGAAACAAACGAAAAACCCUCGAAUUCAGAAAAAGCGGAACCAAAUUCCAAAAAGAACAGGAAUAGAAACAGAAAAAGGCCUUCUUCAACAAAGAAGGUUGACGGCGUUUCUACUGAACAAUUUAAUGAUACUGCGUCUUCCAAAAGGAAUGGAAGAGAGCAUAACAGGAAACCGAGUAAUGCCAACGCUGAAAAGCAAAAUGAGACAAACAAGCCCAAAGAAGAACCAAAGGCUUCUAAAGGGAAAAAGAGAGAAGGAUCUAAAAAGCCAAAGGAGAGCAUUGAUCUUUCUAAGCUUGACAUGACUUCGAGAAUGAUUUUCGAGAUAAAAAAAAUGCUUUACGAAUGUAGUGUUUGUACUGACAUUGUGAAAACAAGCACCCCUGUUUGGACCUGUUCGACUUGUUUUCACGCUUUCCAUUUGAAAUGUACUAGAAAAUGGAUGAAAAAUUCUAUUGAGCAAAGGAACGAGCCGGUCUGGCGUUGUCCUUCUUGUCAAACUCCACAAAAAGAAACGUCUCUGCAGUACACUUGUUGGUGCGGUAAACAAGAUGAACCUGAGUCUGUUAAAGGGUUGACACCUCAUUCUUGUGGCGAGCCUUGUGGUAGGACUCGAGGUCAGGAUUGUGUACACCCAUGUCCAUUACUUUGCCAUCCUGGUCCUUGUCCACCUUGUACGGCUACUGUUGAACAGUUUUGCCUUUGUGGUAAGGAAAGCAAAAUAACUCGUUGCUCAGGAAAGUCCAGAGCUCCCCAAGAAUCUUUCAGAUGCGAAAAUAUAUGUGGUGAAGUUUUGCCAUGCAGUAAGCAUACCUGUAAACAACGUUGUCAUUCAGGUUUAUGUGGUGCAUGCUAUGAACCUAUUCGUGCAAGCUGCUAUUGUGGUGCUCAUUCAAAAACAUAUACAUGCUCUGUCUUACCAGAUCCCAUUUCAUGUGUAAGACUUGUGGAUGGCACAGUCGCCGAAUAUAAUGGUUAUUAUAGCUGCGGCAGUUUUUGUGAGCAGUACUUCGAUUGCGGAAUUCAUAGGUGCUCGAAGGUUUGUCAUCCUCGAUCAAAAACUCUUGAACAGUGUCCUUUAUCCCCGAGUAUCGUAGCAAAAUGCUUUUGUGGAAAAAAGAAUAUUUCCGACCUGCUGAAUGGCAGCGAGCGUAAUUCAUGCGAGGAUUCUAUUCCUACUUGUGGAAAUAUUUGUUUGAAACAACUGCCUUGCGGGCAUCAAUGUAAACAGAAUUGUCAUCCAGGUUCUUGUGGAUCUUGUCAAGAAGUUGUCACCGUUCCAUGCAGGUGCAAGUUCAAUUCCGUGCAGGUUUCUUGUGAGGAACUUCAAAAGGGAUAUAUACCAACGUGUGAACGACUUUGUAGCGUAUUACUUAGUUGUGGGCGACAUGAAUGUAACAAAAAGUGUUGUAGUGGUUAUCCUAAGGCACAAGCUCGUCUGGCUUUACGUCCAAAAGGUGCUUUGCUUCGUUAUCAUUUACUUUCUGAAGAAUUUGAAGAAGAACAUAUAUGCUUACGUCCUUGCAACAAGAAGUUGGGUUGUGGUAAUCAUUCCUGCAAUCAUAUGUGCCAUCGUGGCCCUUGUCCUCGAUGCUUGGAAGCUUCUUUUGAAGAACUUACUUGCACUUGUGGACGUACGAAAUUGUAUCCCCCCAUCCCUUGCGGUACACCUAUUCCUAGCUGUCCUUAUCUUUGUACCUUACCGAAAUCCUGUGGACAUCCUCAGGUAAAACACAAUUGCCAUCCACCUUCGGAGCCUUGUCCCUUUUGUCCGUAUCUUGUGAAAAAGAACUGUCUUUGUGGCAAACAUCUGAUGGAAAAUCAACCCUGCUCGAAGGAAAAUGUUCGCUGCGGAACGGUUUGUGGAAAGCUGUUAGGUUGCGGAAUUCACAAGUGUGAGAAAACAUGCCAUCGCGAGGGAGAAUGCGAAAGUGUUUGCAGAAAACCUUGUGGAAAGCGUAGAUUGUAUUGUGAGCAUACUUGUGAAUUACCUUGUCAUUCCGAAAUCCCAUGCGAUCAGAAAGUGUCAUGUAAAGCAAUGGUGGCUGCUGUGUGUUCAUGUGGAUUAAUUAAGACUCAGGUAUCUUGUGGUGCAAGUUUUGAAAAUCCUUCUCCUGAGCAUAAAAUAUCUUGUACAGUAGACUGCGCAAGAGAAGAGCGUAAACGUGUUUUAGCAGAUGCGUUGAAUAUUAACCCUGAUCGAAAAGGCAAAGAGGUUUCACAAUAUACGAAGAGUUUAUUGAUUUAUUAUCGAGAUAACAGAGAAUUUGGUCGGGAAAUUGAGACAGCUCUUUGUGAUCUAUGUGAAAGCGAAAAGCCCAGUGUUAGCUUUCCCCCAAUGCAACGUGAACAACGAUGGUUCAUUCAUACUUUAGCAAAGUUAUAUGGAGCAGAAAGCGAAUCAUUUGAUUCUGAACCUAAACGCAAUGUUGUUGUUUAUAAUAAAGGUAUGGUAAAGACCCCGGGCGUGUUUUUGAAGGAAGCCUUGGAUUAUUAUUCGCAGCAUCCAACGAUGUUAUUACAAAGCGACAGUGCUUUUAGUAAUGCGCCGUCUUCAAAUGCGAGCAAAACAGUUGGGGCGGGUCAGGAAGAAAUCUUUGAGUCAUCUUAUGAUUCGGAAUACAACGCUCUUUUUAUCACAGAUUUCCGAAAGGAAGGUGAAAUCUCUGAGGAAGAGAUAAGAAAUGCUUUGGCUGAUAUAGGUGAUUUUGAAAGCAUAACUUGGUCUAUUUUCCGUGUAGAAAAUGGUAUUGUUAUGAAGCCAUUGGGCAUUGAAGAUAUUGCUGGUAUAUCGUCGCGCUUAAUUGCAUUACGUGCAUUAGUAAAUCCGAGGAUGUUAACUGCAAAUAUUGCUGACCGUUGUGAUGUUUGUCAAGUGAAUGAGGAGAAUGUUGUUAGUAAAAUUCGUAUGCCACGAAUUCGUUCCAAGAAGAAAGCAUUUUUAAAAUUGGCCCCCUCACAAUCUUUGAGCGCAGUGAAUCCUUUUGAAACUUUGGAAAGAGACAUUAAUUAA